CCUAGCUCUGGCGAAACCCGCUAGGCCGCUCCGGGCUGGUUAGCCAGAGCCCGGGAGUGCAGGAGCCUCUCUCCCUCCCGCCUCACCUGUCUCAUGGCUGAGUCUCCGCGCCGCGCUGCGGACCGGCGUCUGCAGCUGCCCCUGCUGUGCCUCCUCUUCCAAGGCGUCACCGCCAUCCUCUUUGCGAUCUUUGUCCGCUACAACCAUGAAACCGACGCUGCCCUCUGGCAUCGGGGCAAUCACAGCAACGCGGACAAUGAAUUUUACUUUCGGUACCCAAGCUUCCAGGACGUGCACGUCAUGGUCUUUGUGGGCUUCGGCUUCCUCAUGGCCUUCCUGCAGCGCUACGGCUUCAGCAGUGUGGGGUUCACCUUCCUCCUGGCCGCCUUUGCCCUGCAGUGGUCCACGCUGGUUCAGGGCUUUCUCCAUGCCUUCCACAGUGGCCAUAUCCAUGUUGGUGUGGAGAGCAUGAUCAACGCUGAUUUCUGUGCGGGGGCCGUGCUCAUCUCCUUGGGUGCCGUCCUGGGCAAGACUGGGCCUGCACCGCUGCUGCUCGCCACCCUGCUGGAGGUGGUGCUAUUUGGCAUCAAUGAGUUUGUGCUCCUCCGUGUCCUGGGGGUAUGGCGGGUCUGGGCCGGGCUGCCGAGGGGUUGGGGGGUGUCAGGGCCAGGCUGGGGCUGCCCUCCACCUCAGCUUCACCUCCCCCAGGUGAGAGAUGCGGGAGGCUCCAUGACCAUCCACACGUUUGGCGCCUACUUCGGGCUGGCCCUGUCCCGGGUUCUCUACAGGCCCCGGCUGGAGAAGAGCAGGCAGGGCUCUGUCUACCACUCGGACCUCUUCGCCAUGAUUGGGACCAUCUUCCUGUGGGUCUUCUGGCCUAGCUUCAAUUCUGCACCCACCGCACUGGGAGAUGUGCAGCAUCGGACAGCCCUCAACACGUACUACUCCCUGACUGCGAGCACCCUCAGCACCUUUGCCCUGUCAGCCCUUGUCAGCAGGGAUGGGCGGCUCGACAUGGUAUGGGGAGGACACCUUGAGAGAGGCAGAGGGGUGGCCUGGGAGAGUGAGGAAUCUUCCUGCAAGGAAGAUUCUCCAGGGGAACAGGUCCACAUCCAGAAUGCAGCACUGGCUGGAGGGGUUGUGGUGGGAACAUCAAGUGAAAUGAUGCUAACACCCUUUGGGGCUCUGGCCGCUGGCUUCUUGGCUGGGACUGUCUCCACCCUGGGAUACAAGUUCUUCACGCCCAUCCUUGAAUCAAAAUUCAAAGUCCAAGACACAUGCGGUGUUCACAACCUCCAUGGGAUGCCAGGGAUCCUGGGGGCCCUCCUGGGGGCCCUUGUGACUGGGCUGGCCACCCAUGAAGUUUACGGAGAUGGACUGCAGGACGUGUUUCCACUCAUAGCUGAGGCCCAGCGCAGUGCCACAUCCCAGGCUGUGCACCAGCUCUUUGGGCUGUUUGUUACACUGAUGUUUGCCUCUGUGGGUGGGAGCCUUGGAGGGCUCCUGCUGAAGGUGCCCUUCCUGGACUACCCCUCAGACUCCCAGUGCUACGAGGACCAGAUUUACUGGGAGGUACCUGAGGAGCAUGAGGAUAAAGCCCAGGAGCCUCUCAGGGUGGAGGAACCAGACACUCAGGUCUAACCUCGUGCCAUCGUGCCAGCCCCUGAGAGGAUGCGCUCCUUUUAGAAGAUGAUUAGUGGUCACUAUUGGGAAGUCUCUUUGUAGCUCCCAUUCCUCCUGCUGCAAGAAAGGAGUCAUGAGCCAGAGGAAGCCUCCCCCUUCCAUAGGCAGUUUUCCCAGGAAAGGGGCACCAGAAAGCUGGGAAACAGUGUGUGUGUGGGAGCCUAACUGUGGGGAGGGGACCUCACCAGCACCCCACUGGCCUGCACAUAUGGUUAGAGGGGCCAAAGCGAGGCACCCAAGUCACUGCUGAUCCACUGGCCCAGCACCAAAGUUACAGUGAAGCCUAAGCCAGGCCUGGCUCUCUGAGGGUUAUAAACAUCACUGUCACUAAGGA